AUGGCGGCGUCGCGAUUCGCAGCCUCCGAUCUUAGGCGCCCAGCUGGUUCGUCGCCGAAACCAAAGGGACGCGCGGAGAACAAGGACACGCUCUGUCGAAACGUCUUAAUUUAUGGACACUGCCGAUACGAAGACCAAGGUUGCACCUUUUCCCACGACCAAAACAAGAAUAGCUCAAACCAAGCAGACAUGUCUCGAAGAGCCCUGAAUGUCGAGUCUCCUUCAUUUACUCCCGCAAACCUGCAAUCUGUCAGCAAAAAACCAACAUUUUCUACACAAGCCGCCAAUGCGCCGACAUUCACUCCGAGGGGGCUAGGCGCAUCGCCAGCUCUCUCAGCAACUCCUGCUGAUCCAGAAGCUGCCAUAUUUAACCCAGCCGCCAUUCGCGAAUUCACUCCCAGUUUUGAGUUGAAUUCACAGGGUGUGUCGAAUGGAUCGAAUCAAGAUGGCUCCGUGAACUAUGAUGCGUUUGCAAUGGCGUCAGUUGGUCAAAGCCUCCCCGGCGUACAGUUCAAUCCCUACGUGGAUGAACAAGGAGGCAUGCCUGGCGCCGCUGGAGGAUUUUAUCAACCAACUGCCGCGUAUAAUGCCCCUCUCCAGCCCCUGCAGCAUCACCUGUAUGCGCCGGUUGGACCCUACAGAGAGGACCUGAUGCCCUAUCAUAGAUUGACACACGACUUUUUCCUGCCCGACAAAAUACGGGAAGACCUUCAAAAGAAGGCAGAGGCCUCACUCCAGGUCAUGCCUAACUCACAACUGCCUCAGAUGGAAAACUACCACUCGCUGGUACCCCUCGACACCAACCACCGAAAUAACGCUAAUAUCUUCUCCUACCCCAGCUGGAUUUACAAGGCGACAGCUUCCAAGACAGGCAAUCUUUAUUGUCUGCGGCGGUUGGAGGGAUUCAGGCUCACAAACGAACACGCCAUCCGAUCCGUCAAGGAAUGGAGAAAGAUUGACAAUGCAAACGUUGUGACGAUACACGAUGCAUUUACAGCCCGUGCCUUUGGGGACAGCUCUCUCAUAUUUGUCCAAGAUUAUCACCCCUUGGCCAAAACCCUUGCUGAAGUUCACCUUGCUCAACUUGUUUCCCCAGCCCCGGCACCUGGAGGCCGCUUUCCAGCAAAAUCCCCAAUUUCGGAAGCUGUCUUAUGGGGCUACAUCUCCCAAAUCGCAAACGCCUUGAAAUCCAUUCAUUCCAUUAACCUAGCUGCCCGGUGUAUCGACGUCACCAAGAUCAUACUUACUGAUAAAAAUCGCAUACGCCUAAACGCCUGCUCUAUUCUCGAUGUGGUCCAAUUUGAAAUGCGCCGCCCCAUGCAGGAACUCCAACAAGACGACUUCAUGCAAUUUGGCCGCACCAUCCUCUCUCUAGCAACCAGCACACCUCCUGCCCAACUCGCCAAUGUCAAUGCCUCCAUUGAACAAAUGGCCCGCUCGUACUCCGUAGAGCUUCGCGACACAGUCAUAUGGCUCCUCACGCCUGCGCAGCCACCUUCUCAAAAGACGAUUGAAGAAUUUAUUCGCGGUAUUGCAGGCCACAUCGUCACCACCCUCGACCAAGCCCAACACCACGCCGACGACCUUAAUUCUGAAUUGUUCCGCGAACUAGAAAACGGCCGCAUCGCUCGGCUCCUCCUCAAGCUAGGCGCCAUCAAUGAACGCCAGGAAUUUGAUGGAGACCGGACGUGGUCUGAAAACGGAGAGCGGUAUAUGCUCAAACUGUUCAGGGACUACGUCUUCCACCAAGUUGAUAGUAACGGGAAUCCCGUCCUUGACAUGGGUCACAUGCUUCGUUGCCUGAACAAAUUAGAUGCAGGCACCGAGGAGAGAAUCUGUCUUACCAGCCGUGAUGAACAGACUAGCUUCAUUGUCAGCUAUAAGGAGCUGAGGAAGCAGCUGGGAAAUGCGUUUGGCGAGCUUCAAAAGACUAGUAAGCAGGGCAGGGGGUUCUAG